AUGGGGAAUACCAAGAGUAGCGCGCUGUCUAAGGAACUUUUAGAGGAGUUAAAAUGUAAUACGAAAUACUCCGAGGCAGAGCUGUGCAGUUGGUACCAGACGUUUUUGAAAGAAUGUCCCGGUGGUAAGAUCAGCAAGGGGCAGUUUGAAGGGAUAUACGCCAGCUUCUUUCCGAACGCAGAUCCGACAGCGUACGCGAGGCACGUUUUCCGUAGUUUUGACACAAACUCCGACGGCACCCUGGACUUUAAGGAGUACAUCGUGGCUCUGCACCUCACGUCUGGAGGAAAGACUCUGCAGAAGCUGGAGUGGGCCUUCGCUCUGUACGACGUCGACGGAAAUGGGACCAUCAGCAAGAACGAGAUACAAGAGAUCGUGAGGUCGAUUUUCAACAUGAUCCCGGAGGAGGACCAGAAGAACCUGGCAGAAGACGAGAACACUCCAGAGAAAAGAGCCGAGAAGAUCUGGAACUACUUUGGCAAAAAAGACAACGAUAAGAUCUCGGAGGGGGAGUUCAUUCAGGGCGUGAUGGAUAACAAAGAAAUCCUGCGUCUGAUCCAGUACGAUGAGCCGCAGAAAAUCAAGGACAAACUGAAGGAGAAGAAGAACUGA